UUACGGUGUACCGAUCCCAGAGCGGUUUCAAGGCCGGCACGCUGCCGCAGGUGAUGAUGACAAAAAUUUCAGAUAAGGCCCAGACAGUGACGGCGUAUAAGCCCCCUGUUACUUUGAUGUUAGCGCUGCGAGGUAUUAGUUAAGAGAGGGUACUUCAUGCUGAAAGAGCGCAUAUGAAUGGUUCUGAUUACUCAAGAAGCAUGAUCCCUGGUCGAGGGCUGAUCUCCCGAUAGGCCACAGCGAGAAAAGAUGUCAAGGCGUCAACUGACUGGCAAACGAGAACAAAGGCAGUGAGAAUUGUUAUCCCAGCUUCUAUAGUAGCGUCUAUGUCAUCGACAUAGUCAAGUGGAGGUUUCGCGGAUGCACGUUGGCUGUUCCUUGGGAAAAGGAUGGAGGAGCGAACAAAGAGGUCAAAUCGAAGAACAGCGAGAAAGGAAUGGCUGAUGUUUCGUGGGCCAUCUCGACCAGCGCUAUCCCUUCGCUGCUUGCGAUGACCUACAAUGACGGUCCCAACUUAUAUCGAUUCUGCAAGACUGUAAAUGCUACUGCACACCAUAUACUGCUCGACAAAUAUCUGAAAGGCGCUACAUCCGAGGAGAAACGACCUCGUUAUUGUGAAGCGAGUUUAAAUUAUUCCCAAGGUCCAACAACUCGAUACUCCCACCGAUUGCACCAUUCUGUUCCUGAAUUGAGACGAGCCAUCAACCUUUUCAAGGAUUUGAAAAGUUCAACCUUGGUUGCGAUAAUCCCCUCCCGGCUCGGGCCAUCCUACAUCGUACGGUUAUCGAAGUUGCACUACAAAUGGCAGAAGAACAUCCCUCCAACACCAUCACACGAUGGGGAUAUUUCAGUCUCACGUGUGGGCAAGAAAUCCAAGUCUUUCAUCUAUACUGAACUCUGUGUGGUAUUUCGAAGACUUAGGGCAUAUCACAGGGCGUGCCCCAGAUAUGGUGCUCCUCUUAGACGGGCGCCGUAGGUUCUUUGACUGCUAUCGAUAAUCAGAUCCAUUCCACAUCUUCAAUGCACUUUCACAGAGAGUCUCUACAGUAACGAUCACUCAAAGUGACCUAGUGCCUGAUAUUUCAUGAGCACCAAUAAGUAGGAUACCUGGAGUGCUCAGUGCGCUAACCUGUAAGACUUCGAGAGGUACUCAGGGACAUGACCCUCCGUCUGCUUAAGCUCGCGCCAAAGCUCAGCCGUUCCUGGAUCAAGUCACCUCUAGUGCCACCCACUGGAAUAUAAGCGAUCCUUGACCAGUACUAGCCUCUGUAUCGCAGAUAAUCACCGGGCAA